GGGCGGAGGAGGCGGGAAGAAGACCGGGUGGAAGAAGAACAAGAAGAAGAAGAAGAAGAAGAAGAAGAAGAAGAAGAAGAAGAAGAAGAAGAAGAAGAAGAACAACAACAAGAAGAACAAGAAGAUGAAGGUUAGAAGAAGAAGAAGACGAAAAAGAAGACGAAUGGGUGAGUGAAUGAGGUGGACGAGAUGGAGGAGGAGGAGGAGAUGGAGGAGGAGGACAUGGAGCAAGGUGUGCUGUGGGUAGGAGGAGACGGAGGACGAGAUGGAGGAGGACAAGAUGGAGGAGGACGAGAUGGAGGAGGACGAGAUGGAGGAGGACGAGAUGGAGGGGGAGGAGAUGGAGAACAUGGAGGAGGACGUCGAGGAGAUGGAGGAGACGGAGGAGGAGUAGAUGGAGGAGACGGAGGAGGAGUAGAUGGAGGAGAGAUAUGGAGGAGGUGGAUGGAGGAGAACAUGGAGGAAGAAGACAUGAAGGAGGACUUGGAGGUGGAGGAGGUGGAGGAGAUGGAGGAGAUGGAGGAGAUGGAGGAGAUGGAGGAGAUGGCGGAGAUGGAGGAAAUGGAGGAGGAGGAGAUGGAGGACAUAGAGGAGGGCAUGGAGGAUGAGAAGAUAGAGGAGGAGGAGAUAGAGGUGAUGGAGGACAUGGAGGACAUGGAGGAAGGUAUGGAGGAGGAGGAGAUGGAGGAGAUGGAGGAAAUGAAGGAAAUGGAGGAAAUGGAGGAAAUGGAGGAAAUGGAGGAGGAGGAGGACGAGAGUGGACAUGACGAUAACUCUGAUGGUAAUGGGCACGAGGACGACUAGAGAGAUGUUCACUACUGCGCUGAGGGAUGUGUUCUGUCAUCGGUGGUUGUAGGAUCGAGGAACUUGGGCGUUGAUGUUGCAAUUUCGUG